CAUGACGCAUUUGACCAAGAAGCGUAAAAAUGUGCAUUAAAACGGGUGUUUUAUAAAUUCCCCAUAUGAUAAACUUGAAAGUUGAUGUGUUAAUGUUCCCCGUAUAAGCACGUUAGCACAUCCGCUAACGCCGCCUUUCAUGUUAUGUAGCGACAUCACACGGGUCCGCUUUGCAUUUUACAAGGUUGCUGAGAAAACAAGCUCUAUCUUAAGUACACAAGGAUCUGAUUUUGGUUGUUCAUGACCCGUACAAUAUUUAAAUCGAUCUGCACGUGUAAAUCAAAACAACAUGAGUGAUUCGGGAUUGUUUUGUUAUCAAGAAAAUGUUAGCAGGCUAAUGUUAGCCAGCUGUUGGCCAUUGCAGCAGGCCCUGUAAAAAAAAGGGAAACUUAAGGAUGCUGGAGCAGAACAAUGGAUUUCUCCUUCUCUUUCAUGCAAGGGAUCAUGGGAAACACAAUUCAGCAACCCCCUCAGCUUAUUGACUCAGCCAACAUCAGACAGGAGGAUGUCUAUGAAGCCAUCAGUGACCCAGGAGAUGACGGUGGGCAGCAAAACUUUGAGUCUCCGUUGGAGUCUGGCUUUUCUUACCCUGCUGAAGACCUCCCAGUCAUUACAAACGGUUACCCGGCGAGUGUAGGUUCCUAUGAACAACAGGCCAAAUUCGCCUUGUACUCUCAGUUCCCCAAUGGCUCUGCUAACGGUUACGGUGCCAUACGAAACUACGGGGACCACGGUUUGCUGCUCGGCGAGGGUACGGUAUUGAGACAGCCGAUGGUCCAGGAGAAGCCUCAGACGCACAUCUCGCCUCCACCGCAUCCCCAUCAUCACCAUCAACCUCAUCAUCAACACCAUCACCACCAUCAGCAACACCACCCACAUAACCCGCCGCUGUUACCUCACCACCAUCACCCGCCUCCUGCCUCCCACCUCAUUCCUCAAGUCUUACCACCCCCUCCGCCAUUGCUCCUCCCCUCGUCUCCACCCAUCCUGUUGCCUCAAGACAGCACAGUUUCCAACCCCAUCGCACAAGCCACCACCACUCCCAAAAAGACAAGCUCCCCUGAGAUCAAGAUAAAGAUCAUUAAGACGUAUCAGAACGGCAGGGAGCUCUUCGAGUCCUCGCUAUGCGGUGACCUGCUUCAAGAGGUUCAGGCCGGCGAGGCUUCGAGCAGAAGACAUGAGCAGAAGAAGGAGAAGAGGAAAAAGAGAAGCAGCAGACACGGUGGUUUUCCGGAACAGGAGGGCCUGCCGCUGUGCAAAGGUGCGGAGGAAAGAUCAGGGAUGGUCCAAAGCUCUGCAGAGCACAGUGAAGGUCAUAUCUCAGCCGGAGAAGAACAAACUUCUUCAGCCCUCAUUAACCCCAAAGCAGAACCCAAGGAACAGAGAGUCGAAAAGCACUUUCCUUCAGUCAUCACAAGCACUGGCUCUUGUAAAAUGUAUGAGAUCGGUGACUUGGUGUGGGCCAAGGUUGGAACUUAUCCUUGGUGGCCUUGCAUGGUAUCAUCGGACCCUCAAACAAGUGUUCACACACGUAUUAAUACAAGAGGUCUUAGGGAAUACCAUGUGCAGUUUUUUGGGAGUGUUCCUGAAAGGGCCUGGGUCAAUGAGAGAAGAACCAGGGUGUACCAGGGUGAAAGCCAGUUUGAGGAGUUGCAAGCAGAAACUCUACGGAAAACAACUAACCCAACUGAGAAGCAAAAGCUCCUGAAGCCUCAGUCUCAAAAGGAGCGCGCUCAGUGGGAAGUGGGCAUGGGACACGCGGAAGCCGCCCUGUUGAUGACUCGAGAAGAACGCAACGAGAACUACACCUUCAUCUACAUCGACAAGGAACCCGGUGCUGCAGACACUGUGACCUCACCUAGGCCUACCGGAAAACCCCGUCCCGAACGGAAGCAGAGACGCUCCAGAGCCGGCAGCAAAGGAAAAGAAGAGACCGUCCCACGCCGACAGCAGCCGCGGAGGCAGUGCAGCAUCAACAGCCUUGAGGAACCAUCGUCUCCCAAUCAAGGAGAUGAUGAUGAUGAUGAUGAUGAUGACGAUAUGGACCACAAACAGCAACCCAGCAGUCCUCCAGAACCAGACCCCCAGGAACCCUCCCCACCUCCGGUCAGGACACCCUGGAGGACUGCUGCGGCCCGAAAGCUCCUCCCGCUCUCCAUAACCAUGAAGAAACUCAACGUUGAGAUCAUCAAAUGCGACUGGCAGCUCCAGAAGGAUAAGUUGGAAAUUCCUAAGAAGGUGGAGAGUGAGGAGAGGCCUUGCGAGGAGGUUCGCUCACCUGAGGGCUCCAGCGAUAAAGCCGAACCAGAGACAUGUUCCAGUGAAGAAGAACGGGCCGCGUCUCCCGCAUGCUGGAGUGACCAGGAGAGUGCAGAGCAUGCAUCGCCGACAGAGCAAUCCUCAGAGCCUCUAGAGAGAAAACAGCAGCGCAGAUCCGUGCGGAGCCGCUCUGAGUCGGAGAAAAGUGUGGAACCUGUGCCAAAAAAGAAAGUGAAGAAAGAACAGAUGGAAACCGCACCUCAAAUGGAUUUCAAAACAGGGUCACAGAAAGGAGCCAGUGAGAUCUCAGAUUCAUGUAAACCGUUAAAGAAACGCAGCAGAGCCUCUACAGAUGUGGAGAUGGCCAGUUCUUUGUACAGAGACACUUCUGACUCAGAUUCCAGAGGACUCAAUGAUCCACAGACUGCAUUCGGGAAGCGUUCAGACAGUCCUGCUACAGUAGAUGCUGAUGGAUCAGAUGCCCAGUCAGUGGACUCCAGCUUGUCCCGUCAGGGAGGAAGCUCUUCAAAAAAGGACACAGUUUGCCAUGUCUGUGAAACAUUUGGGGAUUCACUGGUGAGCUGUGAGGGAGAGUGUAACAGACUCUUUCAUCCAGACUGUCUGGCAUCCAACAACGGGACAGAGGGAGAUCUCAUGUGUACAGAGUGUAAGACAGGGUCCCACAUCUGUUUCUCCUGCAACGAGUCGGAAGGCGAGUUGAAACGCUGCUCUGUGAAUGGCUGUGGACGCUUCUACCACGACACCUGUGCCCGCAGGCACCCUGGCACCACUACCGACACGAGAGGCCUCCGCUGCCCGCAACACAGCUGCGCCACGUGCUGUCUCGACAGAGACCUUCACAAAGCCAGCAAAGGUCGCAUGAUGCGCUGCAUCCGGUGUCCGAUAGCGUAUCACACAGGGGACGGGUGUGUGGCUGCCGGAAGUCUCUUGAUAACACCACACAUCAUCAUAUGUAGCAACCACUCCAGUUCAAGGAGGAAUGGACACUUCUCCUCACCUGUUAACGUAGGCUGGUGCUUCAUCUGUGCUCGAGGGCUUUUAGUGCACGACCAUACUGACACCGUAUUAAGUUCAUAUACCUUUAAGUCGCACUACCUUCUGACUGAGUCAAAUCGUGCUGAGUUGAUGAAAUUACCUAUGAUUCCUUCUUCUUCGUCAGCUACCAAAAAGAAUAUUGGGAAAGGAGGACGAUUGUUGUGUUGCGAGGCCUGCCCCGCCUCGUUCCACCCCGAGUGUUUGAACAUGGAGAUGCCAGAGGGGACGUGGCUGUGUGGGGAAUGCAGAUCAGGCAAAAAGCCCCACUAUAAGCAGAUAGUCUGGGUCAAACUGGGCAACUACAGGUGGUGGCCUGCUGAGAUUUGCAACCCUCGCUUGGUUCCCUCAAACAUCCAAAGUCUGAAGCAUGAUAUUGGCGACUUCCCGGUCUUUUUCUUCGGAUCCCACGACUAUUAUUGGAUUAACCAGGGCAGAGUUUUCCCAUACGUUGAGAGCGAUAAGAACUUCGCAGAGGGGCAAGUUGGCAUCAACAAGACUUUCAAGAAAGCUCUCGAAGAGGCAGCCAAAAGGUUCCAGGAACUUAAAGCACAGCGGGAAACCAAGGAGGCCCUGGAACAGGAACGCAACUCUCGCCGACCCCCACCAUACAAGCUUAUCAAGUCCAAUAAGCCUGUUGGCAAGGUGCAGGUGCACGUCGCCGAUCUUUCCGAGAUCCCCCGCUGCAACUGUAAACCCACAGACGAGCGGCCAUGCAGUCAGGACUCGCAAUGUCUGAACCGCAUGCUGCAGUACGAGUGUCACCCGCAGGUCUGUCCCGCUGGGGACCGCUGCCAAAACCAGUGCUUCUCCAAACGUCUGUAUCCUGAUAGUGAGGUCAUCAAGACCAGCGGCCGAGGGUGGGGCCUGAAGACCAAACAGGACCUGAAGAAGGGUGAUUUUGUCAUGGAGUACGUCGGCGAGCUGAUCGACUCGGAGGAAUGCAAGCAACGAAUAAGACAUUCCAAUGAAAACCACGUGACUAACUUUUACAUGCUGACUCUCACUAAGGACCGUGUGAUAGAUGCUGGACCCAAAGGAAACCUGUCACGCUUUAUGAACCACAGCUGCAGUCCGAACUGUGAAACUCAGAAGUGGACUGUGAAUGGGGACGUGCGAAUAGGGCUUUUCACAUCAUGUGAUAUUGCUGCUGACACGGAGCUGACCUUCAAUUAUAACUUGGACUGUCUGGGUAACGGAAGGACGUCGUGCCACUGCGGGGCUGAAAACUGUAGCGGUUUUCUAGGAGUCAAGCCCAAGAGUGCAGUGGUGAUGGAGAGGGAAGAGAAGGUGCGCAAUGCUAAACUCAAACCUAAGAAGCGUAAACUGAAGACGGAGAGCAAACAGACCCACGAGUAUUUCUGCUACUGCUGUGGAGAGGGAGGAGAGCUGGUUAUGUGUGACAGAAAGGACUGCCCGAAGGCCUAUCAUCUCCUUUGCCUCAACCUGACUAAACCUCCAUCUGGACGGUGGGAAUGCCCCUGGCACCAGUGCAGCGUGUGCCAGCGUGCCACGUCCUCCUUCUGCCACUUCUGCCCCACUUCGUUCUGCCGAGAUCAUGAGAGAGGACAGCUAUCAGUGUCUGCCAUAGACAACCGACCCUGCUGCUCGAACCACGACCCCCAGAGACCCUUAGGGCCCACGGCAAACCUCAGCCAGUUCACUAUAAAGAACGAACCGCUCGAACUCACAGAGGAACCAGGAGAGGACGGGGAUGAAGAGGUGGAGGGGGUGUAGCAAGAGUGACUGAGCCAAAGCACUGAGAAGGACGAGGGCUACAAGAAAAUCACAACAAAGAACAUAAAACUUCAACAACAGUGAACCGUAGAGUGGCCAAACUUGGCUAGCUGGUUACACCAAGUGAACUUUGGCGUUUGUUGUUCAUUCCAAAUAUACAGCAGCUGGUAUUUCUUUUUAACAUAUCACGAUUUACAGCCUCACGUCAGAAAAUGCUUCUGUAAUAACGUUAGCGAUUCACAUCUGGUUUUCUAAACAAAUUUCACAGUUAUUCGACACUUUUUCAGCUCCAUUUUUUCCUCUUUAACGACGGCGAAACUCCGUUUCCAGCGGUGAAACUCCGUUUCCAACGGUACCGAAACACUCUAGAAACACUUUAAACCAAGAACUUUAUUUAUGUACCUCAUGUAAAUAGCAAAGACUGUUGUAAUGCGUUUCGGGUGACACCAGUCGCCGCUCCCUGGUAGGAUUUCACUACGUCCGAGUUAGUCGCGGUUACAUUCGAAAGACUGCAAGUAAGGUUUGUCAAACUGCCGCCCCAUUCCAGUGAGUUUGUGAUUUGUAAGAUAUAAUCAUUAAUAUAUUUAUGUCGGUGUUUACAUCCAUUCACAAUGUACAGUAUUCUUCAUCUGUAUUAGUCAAUUUGAUAUCACUUAUGGGAUUGUUGUAUACGUGCCCUUUUUGUCAGCAGAAUUACAUUAUUGCUUGGCCCGUACUGUAUCGCCAUCAUGUAUAAGAGACACCGUAAUUCAAAGUAAUGAGUUCUAGAAGAUCAGUCCAAACGGCAAUGUUCGAUGGUGUAGUGUUAAACAGCAGUCCACAUGUAUUCCAACACUGCCACGUGUCUCUUAAAGCAAAAUAUUUACCAGUGUGAGUAUUGAACAGGUGCCAGUGUUUAAAAGCAAUUACAAGGAAUUCAUACGUUUCAGAGCAGCGCUAGUUGUGAGACUUUGAGUACAAUCUUGAAAUGUGUUUUUUUUAGAUUCACGUUUACAUUUGUGUUUCACAACAUGCAGGUGUAAAUAUAUUCAAACUGUCGUUUUAUUUCCCGUAAAGUUUUCAAUGUAUUCACCCAUUAUCGUGUAUUCACGCAUAGGAUAUAUUGCUGUACAAUAGAGACUCAUUUUGAAGGUAUCUGUACCUUAUCGGCACACUUUGGUUUUUUGGCUCGAUGUUUAGCAUCUUUCUUGUAUUACGGUUUGGUUGUAAUGACAUACGCUACUAUGCUAAAAGUGAACAGCUGUCAUCACGUGGCGAGACGUAGGGAUGGCAGUGUGUAGCAGCAUUAUCCUCUCUGUGACCUACUUGAUGUGAAUCUACUCGAUAGCUUUGAUCUUGGAAGAACUUUCACCACGCCUGAGUGUUAACAUGUCAGUUUGAACUGUAAAGUACUUUGUUACUGUGAUAGUAUUGCUGUGCCACAGUUUGCUCGGGUGGAAGAAUCAAUUUCGACGGCGUCUAGACCCAUUGGAGUCAUAUGUAUGUUUUUAUAGAUCACAGUGCAAGUAUUAUAUGUGAUGGCACCACCAGUUUGUCACUUUAUGGAAAGGAGGGAAGGUGCUUUUGGUUUACUUGAUUCGGUUCCAUUUUGCCUUUUCUUUUCUGUAUUUAUUGUUCUUUGUCUCAAGACAGAGUUUUUUUUAGUGGACGACAAAUUUAAGGAAUUCUAAAGAUUGGACUGCCAAACUGAGAUUUAUAUGUUUGUGAAAAUACUUUGUGUAAACUUUUUCUGUUUGGUAAUAUGGAGGCAAUUCAGGUUUUGGCUUGCUUGUAUUCUUAUUCUGUUUCUCUCAUUGUAAUUUUUAUAGUUUGCAUUUAUUUUUAUAUAGGUUGUUAUUUUCUUUAGAGACCAUAGGCACUUUUACUCCUGAAGUAUCAAUAUCUGCCCUUAUAUUUGUAAUGAAAAUAUCAAGGCGAGACUUCUCGUCUGGUUUAACUUAGUUUUUUGGCCUUGUUUCAUUGUGAUCACUAGAAAUUGCCAAUGACAAAAAAUAAACGAAUGGCUUUGAAACCUCAGUACAGGAUUUGGCGAUCAUGGAAAAUUCAUUUUAAUCAGUGCCAUUUGUUUAUGCCGUGGCUUUAUCACUGGUUUGCCUGUAUUUGAUUUGUCGCUAUAUCUAUUUUGCCGCAUCAGAUGUUAAAAGUGUAUUACCUCCAUUGAUUCCAGUGUUUGGUGUCAGUGCACUGUACUUUGUGUACAUUUUUUUGUGUAUUUGAAGGUGUCAUAAUCAUUUUGUGCUAUCCAAGCAUGUUCUUUGUGUUGCUUAAAAUUAACUCAAGUUGGUGUCCUACAGACUGACACGAUUUGAUUUUUUGUACCGAUUUCACAUUCCUUUUCAAUAGACUGUUUACUAAUUCUUGCUACUGAGUUACAGAGUUUGGGUAUUAGUGUGUUUACGUAAAAUUUUCACCAUGCACAUUGAAUCGGACUACACACUCCAACUUAAAACUUAUCCUAAAUGACACGGCUUGGGUAGAAUGUAUGUCCUCUCCAAGUUUUUUAACGAUAUAGUCGUGAAUAGAGGCUUCUUCGGCUAUGUUAUGUAGCCUAUGUCAUUGCAUUGUGUAAGGGAAUGAUGCUUGAUCAAUUGUACAUAGCUGGGGAAAAAAUCUCAAUUGUCAUAUCGUAGUGUCAUAAGAAUGCUGUAAUAUUGCUUCUGAAUGUUUGUGAACGUAGAAACAUUUUGUACAUUUCUUUUCUUGUAUUUUAUUUGACCAACUUUUGAGAUGUAUUUCUUCAGAAUUCAUAAUUUAUUCUGAGAGUACUUUAAGCGACAUUCCACAGAUUUAAACGUUUUCAGACUUGCCUGGUUUGACUUCAAUAAACUGUAAUGAAUGUU